CCGACUCGCGAAGCGGCUCAGUACCCAAUAUACCGGUCUAUCGCCGGCAAAGUGUUGUACCUACGCGCCUUUCCGAUCGAUCGAGACAUAUCCGGGUACUCUCUCGCUACACCGCGGUACCUACAUACACGGUUCAUUUAUGUUGGUGAUAAGCGACACCGGACAGAGAAAUAUUUUAAGCCUUCCUCAUGCUCCUACAUAGCUUCAUUUGUUGGGCGAUCAUACAAUAUACAGGGUGUCCCGUACCACAUCACAUAUCAUUCUCGAAAUUUUUCGCGAUGACAAUAUUUCCUGGACCAGUGGCGCAGGAAGUAAGAAUUGGUGUGAAGAAUGUCAUCCACGAACGCGACGUUUUCGCCUACCCGACUAUUGUUUUAUAAAAUUCAUUCAUUGCAAGCAAUAUAAAAGUUAUAUAAAUACAGUGUGA